AUGUUUUUGGUGAGUUGCACAUAUGUCUUUGCUGCUGUCAAUGAUAAUAACACCCGUUAUGUUGCUAUCUUCUAUUUUGCAAACUGGGGUGAAACCAUGUAUUCAUCUGAUGCACUUUCUCCGAAAACAGACGAUGCCUGGAUUAUGAAUGGACAAACACCUGCUUUCAGUCCGUAUGACAUUUCUAAUUUCUGGGGUAAACCACAAUUUGCCGCCAGUCAUGGUGAUGGUUCUAUUAAAAAUAAUUACCGUUUCUAUUUUAAUAAUGAUACAGCCCAAACAAAUAAUGCUUUACUUGACUGGCACGCGGAUUUACUAACGGAAGCCGGUGUAGACCUAGUAAUACUUGAUUUCACGAACGGUGCUAGCGAUUUUCCUCAUGGCCCUACAUAUGUAUCGGCGACGGUCGCCUUAUGCAAUAGGUGGCAAUGGCGUUUAGAGCAACAACUUCCCAUACCUAAAAUUGCAUUUUUUGUAAAAGAUGAAAAUGCGCUCGUUACGGUGGAGAACAAGUUUUUUAAUAAGUAUAAUAGUGAUAUGUUUUUCAGUUACCUCAAUAAAAAGUUAUUGUUGGUAGCACAACCUGAUCCCAACUUCGGGCCAAGUGAUCAUAGGCAGCCCGCCGUACCUACUACUGGUAGUUUUGCCAAGUACACCGCCAGACACUGCUGGGGAUUGGAUACUACUGGCAGUUACUGGCAGUUUAAAGUCAAUUCUCGCACACCGCCAUCCGCUUUUUACUAUAAUGGUCAGCCAGAGCAAAUGUGCGCACCAGUUGCCACCCAAUCCACCUAUAUGACUAUGGAUGGUAUUAACCCUUAUGCCGAAGCACAAGGUCGUCAGAAUGGUUCUUACUUUAGAACCUAUAUGGCUGCCGCUACAGCAACGAAACCAAAAUUUAUCCUCAUCCAUUCGUGGAACGAAUGGACUGCUGCUAACUGGAACACGCAAAGUGUUCCUCAUUUUGUUGACCAAUGGAUCACUGAGUACAGUUCAGAUAUUGAGCCUAUGUACGGUGGUCAUCGAUUACUACCAAUCACUUUUUAUGUUCAAGUUCUAACGCAAUCAUGUGGUCACGACACAUGGUCAUCUGGCAGUUUGCCUAACAAUUCGUUCGUCGAACAAGAAAAGGAAGAAGAAAAGGAAAACAUGCAACAAUCAGCAACUGAGGAUGAACUUUCCACAGCUAGAAAAGUUGACGUCAAGGACGAAGAUUAUUCUCCACCACCAGAAGAUGGCACAAACGAAUUUUCCAACAAAGAGAUACUAUCUGUAAUUGGGGAUUUGUUCACAUUGUGUUCACAACAAUGCAGCCGACAAUAUUUGAGUACAUUAUUGUACAUGUUACUCCGUUAUGUGAACAUGCCUUGGAGAGAAUGCGACAAAAUUUUUCGUGUUAGUGGAUCCAUGCGGUGUCAGUCGGCCAGUGAAUGGGCACAAUUAUAUUUGAACGAUUUUGAAGAGUUCACAGCUGAACACAGAGGAGGCAAACCGACAGACAGUUUCUGGGACGUUUUUCAAAGUUUAGAGGUUGAAAGCCGAGCAUUUGUUGUCGAGGAAUAUUCAAAGAAAAGUAGUGCAUUCAAGACAGCCGAUUUAGCGGCGUUCAUUGACCAGCGGUACUACGAAAUUAAUAGUUUGAAGAAGACAACUGAUGAAUUGAUUCGAUCCGUCGAAAUGUGUCGUUUAGACAAGGGGGAAAAAGCAUACUUCUGUACUUCUGGUACUUCUCCGUACUUCUUGAUACUUCUUCGUACUUUUUUGUACUUCUCCGUACUUCUGAAGUACGAAGUACGAAAUACGAAAUCCCGUAUUUCGUACUUCGUACUUCAGAAGUACGGAGAAGUACCAGAAGUACAGAAGUAUGCUUUUUUCCCCUUGCGUUUAGAUAUGAAAAGAUGGGGUGCUCGAAAUGAAGAAAACAAAAACAGGUCAUAUUUCGAAGGUCACGAGAGGCCCGACGUAGUCAAGCAUCGAAAUGAAUUUGUGCAAUAUUUUUUAAUGAGAAAAAAUAAUUAUUACACACUGAGUGACGAUGAAGACCCGCAAUGGGUCAAACCGACCACAUCAGAUCCUAUUUCACACGAUGAAAGUACCUUUCGCAGUGGCGAAAUUAGUCCCCGCCGAUGGAUCAUUGAUGAUUGUGCCCGUUUGUUUAACAAGGGACAUGACCGUAGUCAAAUGCAUGGUCCAGCACCUUUCGUCGCCAUAUUUUGA